UCAACCUGUCUAUGGAGCACAGCAUCCUCCGCUGGAUCCCCGGCUCACCAAAAACUUCAUCAAGGACCGCUCCAAGGCCAACGCGCUGCCGAUGAAAAGCAAGAAGGCCUCCAGCUUUCAUGAGUUUGCCCGGAACACCAGUGAUGCCUGGGACAUCGGUGAUGACGAAGACGAGGACUUCUCUUCCUCCUCUUCUUCUUUGCAAACUUUGAACUCUAAAGUGGCCAAGGCCACGGCAGCCCAGGUUCUGGAGAACCACAGCAAGCUGCGGGCGAAACCCGAGCGAGCACAAUCCGCUCUCAGUGACAUGCCCACCAACUGCAAAGUCAUCAAGUCCAGCAGCGAGGCCCAGCUCUCCAGGACGUCUGAGGAGGCCUGUGUGCGGACUCCCCUCCAGAAGCAGCAAUCCCUUCCCCUUCGGCCCGUCAUUCCACUCGUCGCCCGAAUCUCUGACCAAAAUGCUUCGGGUGCUCCCCCCAUGACGGUGAGGGAGAAAACUCGCCUCGAGAAGUUUCGGCAGCUCCUCUCCAGCCACAACACGGGCCUGGAUGAGCUGAGGAAAUGCAGCUGGCCUGGGGUGCCCAGGGAGGUCCGGCCCGUGACGUGGCGUCUCCUCUCAGGUUACCUCCCCGCAAACAUGGAGCGGCGAAAGCUGACUUUGCAGCGCAAGCGGGAGGAAUACUUCGGCUUCAUCCAGCAAUAUUACGACUCCCGGAAUGAGGAGCACCAUCAAGACACCUACCGACAGAUCCACAUCGAUAUUCCAAGGACCAACCCACUCAUCCCCCUCUUCCAGCAGCCGCUCGUCCAAGAGAUCUUUGAAAGAAUCCUGUUUAUCUGGGCCAUUCGACACCCAGCCAGCGGCUAUGUACAGGGAAUCAAUGACCUGGUCACUCCAUUCUUUGUUGUGUUCCUCUCUGAGUACGUUGAAGAGGAGGACGUGGAGAACUUUGAUGUGACAAACCUGUCACAGGACGUUUUACGGAGCAUCGAAGCCGACAGCUUCUGGUGCAUGAGCAAGCUGCUCGACGGGAUACAGGAUAACUACACUUUUGCACAGCCGGGGAUCCAGAAGAAAGUCAAAGCUCUGGAGGAGCUGGUCAGCCGGAUCGAUGAGCAGGUACACAAUCACUUUAGGAAGUACGAGGUCGAAUACCUCCAGUUCGCCUUUCGCUGGAUGAACAAUCUGCUUAUGAGGGAGCUGCCCCUUCGCUGCACCAUCCGCCUCUGGGACACCUACCAGUCGGAGCCAGAAGGAUUCUCACAUUUCCACCUGUACGUCUGCGCAGCCUUCUUGAUCAAGUGGCGGAAGGAGAUCCUAGAUGAGGAAGACUUCCAAGGCCUCCUGAUGUUGUUGCAAAACCUGCCCACGAUCCACUGGGGUAACGAAGAGAUCGGACUCCUGCUCGCUGAAGCCUACAGACUCAAGUACAUGUUUGCAGACGCACCCAACCAUUACCGCCGAUAG